GAAUGAUAAAGCUAAUUAUAUACGGUGAAUGAUAAAUUGUCUAAAUAUCUAAUUGAUGUUACGGUAAUUCUCCGUCAAUCGUCAGCCAGUUUGGAAGCCACAGGUCGAUAUGGUAAAGUACUCUGUACGGGGGCUGGUCAGUAGUAGCCUAUACUAGUGGAGAUUGAGGCGGUCGAUGGCGGGCUAUACCAGUCAUGCAUUCUUGAUAACACCCGACGCCCCGGGCCCACCUGCUAUUGUGGCUCAGUUUGAUGGUGGCGCUGCACCUGUAGUGAUCCACCUCCUGACGGUGUGCCUGUAGCCUCGCUGUACCCGUGGUGGUCCACCUCCUGACGGUGUGCCUGUAGCCUCACUGUACCCGUGGUGGUCCACCUCCUGACGGUGUGCCUGUAGCCUCACUGUACCCGUGGUGGUCCACCUCCUGACGGUGUGCCUGAAGCCUCGCUGUACCCGUGGUGAUCCACCUCCUGACGGUGUGCCCGUAGCCUCACUGUACCCGUAGUGAUCCACCUGACGAUGUGCCUGUAGCCUCGCUGUACCCGUAGUGAUCCACCUCCUGACGGUGUACCUGUAGCCUCACUGCACCCGUGGUGAUCCACCUCCUGACGGUGUACCUGUAGCCUCGCUGUACCCGUAGUGAUCCACCUGACGGUGUGCCUGUAACCUCGGUGUACCAGCAGUAGACUCGAUCACCUUCACGCUUGUUAUUUUUAGUGAGGGGUGCGGUAAAAGCCUUACGGAAAAUAUCGGUAUAGAUUUGACUAGUGCGGUCAGUCAUCACAAUGGCACAGCUAUUUCAAGUGUAAGUGUUGGUAAAGCGGCUGCCAGUCGCCAUAGUGUCUAUGGCACCAGUGGCACUCUGACCCUGCGGUGUCAACAUCUUCACAGUACCUGCAUGGCACCAGUGGCACUCUGACCCUGCGGUGUCAACAUCUUCACAGUACCUGCACGGCACCAGUGGCACUCUGACCCUGCGGUGUCAACAUCUUCACAGUACCUGCACGGCACCAGUGGCACUCUGACCCUGCGGUGUCAACAUCUUCACAGUACCUGCACGGCACCAGUGGCACUCUGACCCUGCGGUGUCAACAUCUUCACAGUACCUGCACGGCACCAGUGGCACCCUGACCCUGCGGUGUCAACAUCUUCACAGUACCUGCACGGCGCCAACAACAGGCAUGAACGCCAAUUUAAAAGUUCCAAAGUAAAUUUCAAAAUGGUCCAUAUGAACGCUCAUAGAGUGUGAGGUGUCGGAGUGGCGAGCGUUGGAGCGGGUGGUGGUGGCCGAGGCCCGCCAGGAGCACUCCGGGGGCGCGGCAGCCCACCUGAUGACGGAGCAUCACAAUGGACCGGGGCGGCCACAAAGAUGCCGCCCAUAUCCACGCCCUCAUGGUGGAGUACCUGGAGUGGGCGGGGAUGGAGAAGGUAUGCCAUGUGCUGAGGUCAGAGUGCCACGCUCGAGGGCUGCCAGUCACCAGAGAGCCAGCAGACAGCAGAAGCAGCAGCAGAGCCAGUAGGGUCGACACGGCCGACCUUGAGGCAGCAGGCGACCUGGAAGAACUACUCGACUGCUUCGACAGCGGCCAGGGCGCCAAGUUCUUCCAGGCGUGGCGGGCGGCGCGGGAGAGGAGCCACUCGCCGGCCUCCCUGGAGGUGCUCACCCUCGAGUUCUACUUCCACGUGUACUUCGCCACCCUUCCCCUCCGCCACGGACACAAGGAGGACCACCUGGCGGCCAUGGCAGUGUUCCGGAGGUUCCUGGAGACGUGUCCACCGCGAGUGGGCACCGUACAGGACCUGCUGCCCUUCUACGCCCUCCCGUACGUCCCCGACCCCACCCUCCACCCCGCCUUCAGGCCAGUCUUCCAGGAUCCGUGGGUCCACGAGCUGCGGGGGCGCCUCUGUGGGUUCCUGGGGCGCCGGCCCACAACCUCUCCCCGCCCCGCCAUCUUCUCCUACCUCCACCGCCACCACCACCACGCCUCCAGCGUCGGGGCGGCGUUGGUGGCGCAGGAGUCUGCGGCCUCGGCAGUUAGGUCGCAGCGUGUUCUCCGUCGCCGGCUCCAGAGACUGCAGGAAGAUUACCACAAGCUUAUAGGAGUGUCAUGGGAGCUGACGCAGGCGCUGGAGGCGGCAGUGAGAGGGGAGAGAGUGGACCUGGAGGGGACGCUGGCAGCCUGCACCCACCGCUACCCCGAGCUCUUCACACUGACCCUGACAGCAGACACGACGGCGGGGCCAGCGACCAUUCUGCUGGAGUCGAUGCAGCGGUGUCGUCGCCGCCCGGGGGUUUCGGCGCCCGUCCCUGCCCUCGACUUCGAGCGUGUGCGGGCCGACCUUGGUGGUGCCCCGGAGACCCAUGUUCUGCUCUUGCUGCAGGCGCUCAGACAUAGGGUGACGAAGGUGACGACGGGCAGCGUACGUCAGGCAGUCGUCACGGCCUACGUGCGGGGCGACGUGCUGGGCCUCCGGGGGGCGUGCAGGUCUUGGACGCGGCUGGCCACCGCACUCACCACUCCUGAGUCACAGUUCCUGCCUCAGGCGGCCGCCAGACUCAUCAACGCCCUCACCGCCUUCAACGCCGGCAGGACCUACCUCGCCAGCGAGGAGGUGUGCCAGGUACUCCUGCAGGCGCUGCACGCCGACCACCCACACUCGGCCGCCACCGAUAUGGUCCUGGCCGCCCUCCAGAAGCUCUCUAUAAGGGGCGUGGUGCAGGAGGCGUUGAUCGAGGGCGGGGCGGUGGAGUGGCUGGUGAACACCCUGGCCGACCUCCGCGCCCUCACGCCCUACACGCAGGAGUACGCUGCUGCCCUCUUCAUGAACCUGACUCUGCGCUCCUCCGGCCGCGCCCGCUGCCAGCCUCUGGGUGCCACCCUCCUCCCGGCACUCAUACAGCUUCUCACUUCAGUGCAAAGCCACGUGGUGCCGUAUGUGACGGGGGCGCUCUACAGCCUCCUCUCACACUCUGGUCUCCGUCAGGAAGCCUUCGACAUGGGGCUGGACUCCACACUUGAGCGCCUGGCGCAGGGCGGCAGCACGGAACAACGGCGACAACUGGAGUAUGUUGUAGAGCAGAUCCGUCGUGACCCUCCACUCUCACCACCACCCUCGCCCGACCCCGUCCUCGACAUGGAGGAGGACCCGGAGUGGCUGGAGGAGGAGCUGGACGUGGACGACCCGGUGCGAGCCCCACCCCACGCCCCCGCCGGCGAGGACCUGCUGGCCUGGCGCUACACCCUACACCCGGGCGAGGCUGAGGACGCUGAACAUAGACGAGACAUGGCGCCUGCAAGGUCCGCGCCAGUGGUGCCCUGGGACCCUCGACCCUACAACCCUAAUCCCAGACCAAACUCCGACGGCUUCGUCACCCAGCUGCAGCAUAGAGUGCCACAGCAGGAGCAGACUCAUCAGCAGGCGCAGCACCUGCAGGCAGCAGGAGGGCAGUGGGACUACCCUUCUGACACCGACGCGGGACGAGGUGCUAUGUACACUUCCCGUUCCAAUUUUACGAGCAGGUCAUUGGAGGUGGAAAGUGGGACUGGUGGUGGAUGUGAAACAGGAGACGAUGGAGGAGAAGGAAGUUACCGUGAAGAGCGGCAUGGCAGUAGGGAGGGAGAGUGGUCCCUGCCGCUACGAGGCCUCAGGUCACCGCCACCCACACGUCGCCACGACCCACAAAGGACCCAUGACCCACAAGGGCGCCAGGACCCAGAUGGGCAUCAGUUUGUUCCACCCGUGGCUCGAGAACAGGGGCAUGCUUCAGAAGGAGAGGAGGAGGAGGAGGACGCCGGUGGUGCGUCGCCGCCACUGACGUCUCCAGGUGGUGGUCAUACCUCCAGGCCCAUCACCACCACCUGCCCCGCUGAAGACCUCGUCCCGUACUUCACCCGACAUCCCCAUGUCCACGAUGAUCACCAUCAAAAUUCGUCGUCAGGAACAUCAGAGAUCACUCAGAAGCUGAUCCUCCAUCAUGAUGGUGAGGAGGACGUCACCCUCAUGUCCGCCAGAACGCCUACAGCAGAACACCAACCCUCCACGCUGGGUAACUCGACUUUCAGACUUGGCGGGCCUGUGCAUGACAAAAUAGACGAGGAAUCAGUAAAUGUAGCGAGAGCCACAAAUAGCUCACAAGUGAAAUCCACAGAUGUGAGAGAAGAUCUCAAGGGAACACAUACGGCUCAGGAAAGACCGGCUACAAACUCAUCCGACCCAACUACAAAUCUUGAUUCAAGAACCUCGGAACCCGAACGACAAACGGAGGUGGAGGCACCACGAGGAGACACAAAAGGAGAUCUUCCAAGAAGGGAGGAAAUAAAAAAGAGAAUCCAUGAAUCGGUCAGUUCCCCAGCGGCAGCAGCGGCAACAGCAGCAGCAGCACCGCAAAGAGCAGAAGCCAGAGGAGCAGCAGUUGCUGGUGAGUGUGAGGGAGGUACUCAGCAUGUUGUGUGCAUGUCGCCUCCAGAAGCACUCUCUCAGGCACCUAGACACUCAUCACUCGAGCCACCUACGGAGGCCUCUAAAGAAGCACCAAAAGGAGCACUGUCAGGGGCACAUAAGGAGGCACUUAAAGGAGCUUCUACGGAGGCGUCCAAAGGAGCUUCAAAUGAAGCACCAAAUGUAGCUUCUAUGGAGACGCCUAAAGGAACCUCUAAUGAGGCACUCAAAGGGGCUUCUAAGAAAACACAUAAAAGGAUGUCGACGGAGAUACUUAAGGUGACACUGUCAGGGGAACCUCAAGUAGCUUCUGAGGAGCAAGCGCCUCAAACAGCAUCAAUGGUGACAUUAAAAGGAGCAUCAUCAGGGGCAUCUAAAGAAGUGCCUACCGGAGUUCCAGAAGUGAAGAUGCUCUCGCGACGAGCCAGUGUGAAUCCGGCUCGAUUACCCCCACCUGAUCCCCCGAAAGGGUACGACCUGGUAGCGACGCGGAUCAUGCAACAGAUAGUGGGUGAGAACAGGGACAUUCCAGCCCCCUCCACUGUACCAGAGGCAGACCCCCUCCUCCGCUCCCUGCCGCCACCCAAAGCUUCCGAAUACAAAGUGGCAUUCAGUUCCCGGCCUCGCAUCGCCCGUACGCCGCCUGGGUCUGCUGCUGCUGCCGAGAGGGGGUCGCCGGGAACUGCAGGCGGCGUCACCUCCAGCAGUCCUCGCCACGUCCUCCCUCCAAUCUCUAGAACCAACCACACCUACACCCGCGCCGCUACCUGAGCUUGCAUGCCACUCCGUCCAAUGAUACUACUAUCUAAGCCUGUACCUCUCUCUCUCCUCUACCUUGACGGCUGGCUGGCCCGGCACUUCCUGCAGUAACUGGUCAAGUUGCCUUUUGAUCAAAUCUACUUUUGUUCGGUGCUUGACCAGGAGAUCGAGAUGGCCCAGGUGUGGUGGACCAAGUAUGGUGGAAAAAAACGUUCAGUGGACCAGGUGUAGAGGCCCAGGUGUAGUAAACCUGGUGUGGUGAAGCAGGUAUGGUGAACCAAGUGUGGUUGAACAGCUAUAGUUAGGCAGUUGUGAUGAAACAGGUGUGGUUGAGAACAAGAGGUACAAACCGCCCGCAUCCAUUUGCUCUCACUCACAUCUCCAGCAACCAUGUCGGUUUUUAUUGACAUGGUUGUUGAAGAUUUAUUUAAAAUAGAGUGAUAGCAACAAACUUAUUUAGCAAAUGGAGUCAUAGCAAAAAAAAAGCUCAAUGACAGCAGUGUGUACAGUAAAUGUAGCUAGAGCUGUAUAUGGCCCGACCAACACACAGGUAACAUGUACCGAACAUACGGGGGCAAAUCAUACGACUGUUGAUAUAUUUGCGUGUGUAUAUAUACACACACCCCUCACGUCUAAACCUGUCCUCUUGGAUAGUACAUCGUAUUUUGAUGUAUAAAUCCCCCUAAGACUAAAAACUGGUGGACUAAAAAUCCUAGCUGCUCAUAAAAUUGACGUGAUGUCCCAUUUUCUAUUCGUGGAUUCUUGGUUAGGUUGGGUUCGGGCAAUUUAGUACAUCAAUUUAGUGCCAUUGUGAACGCUCGAGAGGACAGUCUGUAGAAUGUAAGCUGUGAAUAAGCCUGUGUAAGGUCAGAGAGCCUAGCUAGUGGGUGUUUUUCACAUGUUUUGUAUUAAACGAUCAGUGAGUUCUUGAUAUCGGGUAAUGUGACCCACAGUACCUUUCAGGCGUAAUGGGAGAUUACAUCACGAUCUUAUAUUCUCCAUGUAAGCCUUCUCGACUGUGAUUUACUCACAACGCUUGCCUUUUAAAACACAAGAAUAACUUAAAACACACACACCUGUACACACAUGCAUACAUACACAUUUAUGUAUAACGAAAGUGCAUUAUUCUGUUUUUCGUAUAUUAUCUGGUAUGGUGUAAUAAAGUGGUAUGUUUAUAUAUACAGUAUAUAUAUAUAUAUAUAUAUAUAUAUGUCGUACCUAGUAGCCAGAACUCACUUCUCAGCCUACUAUGCGAGGCCCGAUUUGCC